ACCUUUUCCUCCAAAACCCUAAAUUCACAAAUCACACAUGAGAUUUUCUUAGCCAAAGUUUGUAUUUUUUUCUUAGUAAUUCUAGAUUUUUUCCAUAAUUUCUGUGGUAAUUUCAAAAUUUUCUGUGUUCUUGCAAUGGUGCAGAUUUAAGCUCACAAUACUGCGAUUUUCUCGGAAACUAAUUUCAACUGUUCCAAUUCAAUUUCUAGGUUUUCAUCUUUCAAUAAUUUCAUACAAAAAUUCUUCAGUUUCUGUAGUUUAAUCUCUGAUUGUAAAAUUUUCUGUACCAAACUCUGUUUUCUGAAGUUAUUUUUUACCCUUUUUGAAAAAAAUUCAAUUUUUCUGAAUUUUUAGUGUGAUUAAGAGUUGAAAACGUUUGAAUCUUCAAUGGGUAGGGUUUAAGCUAAAUUUAGAAUUUUGGGGUGUUUUAGUUUUCUUUGAUUUGCAUAAAAAUGGAAGAAAGAGAGAAUUUUGGAGCUGUGAAUGUAGUGGGUGGUAAUGAGGUUCCUGUGAGUUUUCAAGCUGCUCCAAGGAUUGAUAACAACUUGGAUUUUUCCAUGGCAACGGUGCCGGUGUCGUUGCCGGAGACAGCGUUGAAGAAGAAGAGGGGGAGACCAAGGAAGUAUGGACCAGAUGGUAAGCCUGCUCCUGGAGCUGUGACUGCCCUUUCGCCUAUGCCGAUUUCAUCGUCGAUACCGUUGACUGGAGAGUUCUCUGCUUGGAAAAGAGGUAGAGGGAAGCCUGUUGAAUCUAUGAAGAAAUCAUCUUUUAAGUUUGAUUUUGAAAGUCCACCUGUGCAAGUUGUAGGUGGAGGUGUAAGUGAGGGAAUUGCAUACUCAGUAGGUGCCAACUUCACAGCUUAUGUGCUUACAGUGAAUUCUGGCGAGGAUGUUACCAUGAAAAUUAUGUCCUCCCAACAAGGAUCACGUGCAAUAUGCAUUCUCUCUGCCACUGGCACCAUUUCAAAUGUUACACUUCGUCAAUCGACUUCUUCAGGGGGUACUUUAACAUACGAGGGGCGGUUUGAGAUUCUUUCCUUGUCUGGUUCCUUUAUGCCAACUGAGAAUGGAAUUACAAGAAGCAGAUCUGGUGGGAUGAGUGUCUCUUUGGCGGGCCCAGAUGGCCGAGUAUUGGGUGGUGGACUCGCUGGUUUGCUUAUAGCUUCUGGUCCCGUGCAGGUUGUUGUGGGAAGUUUUCUUCCUGGUCACCAUCUGGAGCACAACAGCAAGAAGCAGAGGGUGGAGCAUACUAUAUCAACUAUUACUCAUAAUAAUCCUCCUCCACAUGUUAAUCAUCAUGUGUCUAAUGAAGUAAGUUUUGGUGGAGUGAAGCCUUUUAUGACACCUGCUGCAUUUCAAGAAGAGAAUAUUGUUUCUUUCAACAACAAUGCUCAAGACUCUAGGAACACCUCAUCUGCUGAAGACAGAGAUCCUUUACCUGAAAAGGACUCUAAUCAUAGUCAAUCAACUACUUGAGUUGAAUCAACCUCAUGCUUUUACUGAUGCUGUCAAAAUUAACUUACCAGGACAGAAUUGUGGGUGUCAAAAGUGCAAUGUUUAGUGUUAGAUGUUAGUUGGUUUGUUAGUUUUCCACGUGGUUGUUUUGUUCAUCUCUAGUGAUGUUUACUCAUCAUUGUAGCAAAUAGAUGUAGGGUACAUGUGCUAUUAUUUUUGUCCUUGUUAAGAAUUCUAUUCUCUAUAUAUAUGGAUGCUAUAAUUAAGUGUGAUUGGAUGUGAUAUGAACUGUAACUUUAAAUUAAGUUAUUCUGUUGUGAAUGAAGAUUUUUCAUGUCA